AUGAAUGUUUAUCAUGAACUAAUUGUUCUACUUCUACAUCGAAUGUUGAAUUUAGAAAAACUUAGUUUAUAUCUUAUAGUUCAUGACAAGAACACAUUUGUUGAUGGUAAUGAUUUGAAGAAAAAUAUUAUCAAUAAUAUGUUACGAUUAAACCUAUUUCUAUUUAACAUUUGUUCAAAUAUUCGUAUUCAUAAUCAAAUUAAUUUACCAUCAAAUGAAUAUAUUCAAUGUACAUUCAAAGAUUUUCAAAAUAAUCAUAAUAUUUAUUGUGUUGAUCAUUUUUUUGAGGCUGAACGAAGUCAAUGUCAUAUUUAUUCAUAUCCAUAUACACUGAAACUUUACAAGAACAUAACGAAUAAUUUUUCAGGUGGAUUCUUUAGAUUUGUUUGUGUAAUGUCAUUAUUUGAUGAACAACCUUUUGAACAUGAAUUUUUUCUUCUAAUUGCUCAAUCAUUUUCAUGUAUGAAAAAAUUAACUUUAAUUAACAUGAAACCUCAAAAAGGAGGUGUACAGGGUAAAUAUAGAAUCCCUAAAUAUGUAAAACAAUAUUUUCCUCAUACAAAAAUAUUAUAA